AUGACGAACCUCACCCAAAGAAAACAGCGAAAUGACACAAACCCCAAAGCCGACCAUGACAAGGAGGUGGUUCUCCGGCGAGAACCGCCGCCUUUCCUCACGAAGCUCAUGUAUGCCGGCUACAUGUACGGCUUGAAGAGCAUCCUGGGACCUGUGCUCUGGCUGCGCGACUGGCAGGAAUCACGAGCCCCUCCAAUGGGCUGGCCCGACAUGAUCAAGACCUACGAUUGCCGCCCACAGUUACCCGUGCGCAUCUUCCUGCCGCGCGCCUAUAACAAGAACUCGCAGGCCACGCUCCCCACCCUCUUCACCAUCCACGGCGGCGGCUUCUGCAUCGGCCACCAGCGCGACGACGACGAAUGGAACCGGGCCUUUGCCAACACCCAGUCCGUCCUGGUCAUCUCCCUCAACUACUCCAAAGCGCCCGCCCACCCCUUCCCCACCGGCCUGCACGACCUCGAGGCUCUCCUGCUCGCAGUCCUCGCCGACGCCUCCCUCCCCAUCGACCGAACCACCACCAGCCCCACAAGCCGCACGGCCAUCCUGGGCUUCUCGGCCGGCGCCAACCUCGCCCUCUCCGUAUCCCAGCUCCCCACCAUCCACACCCACCCUCUCACCCCCGCCGCCGCCCUCUCCGUCUACGGCUGCCUCGACGUCAGCUACCCGCCGCACGAGAAACUGCCCAACCGGCCCUGGAAAACCUCGCUCCCGCCCCCGCGCAACUCCCCCACCGACGGGCUCAUCUCGCUCGCCCCGGCCUUCGACUGGAGCUACAUCCCGUACGGGCAAGCCCUGCGCGACCCGCUGCUCAGCCCGCACCACGCGGCGCGGGACGCCCUGCCCCCCAAUGUGUGUGUGGUGGCGGCCGAGCUGGAUAUGCUCGCGCAUGAGAGCUGGCGGUUUGCGUGUCGGUUGUCGAGGGAGGGGUUUGGGGCGGGGAGGGGGGAAAGGGUGGUGCCUGAUCGGGGGAGCGCGGAGGCGAGGUGGAGGGAGCUUGGUGGGGGGGAGGGAGGCGAUGAGGGAUGCGGAGUUGAAGACAGGGGCGUAUAUGGCGGAGGUAGGGAGGUGGUUGAGGGAUGUGGUGUGGCGGGUGUAGUAGGCACAUGGGGUGGUGUGGUAAACAGCGAGACAGGUUCAGGGGCAGGGGAGGGUGUUUAUGGGCUUGCUGGGCGGGCCAGGUUCUUGCACUUGUUCAGCGGGUAG